AUGGAAAAAUCAAAUGCGAGCUUUAAUUUCGACAAAAUACCGAAGUUCAUAAUGAAGCUCUAUAAGGCCACCAAUAACGAGAAGUACAAAGGAAUCUCCUGGACACCCGAUGGGCUUAAGAUUCACAUAUAUGACCGAGACGUGUUUGUUAAGGAGACACUUCCCCUCAUAUCGAAGACAAGGGAGUUUGGAACGUUUGUCCGGAUGUUGAACAGUUACGGGUUUGUUAAGUCCAAGGACAUUGAAGAGGAGGACAUAUAUUACAAUAAGAACUUCAGAAAGGGAAGAGAGGACCUGCUGGGGUUUGAUGAUACACUCCGAAUGAUUAAAAGGAAGAAGUCCAAUGAUAUUCGAAUGAGAAUUGGAGAUGGAUCUUUGAAGGACGUAGUGGAGUAUUUAUACGUACAAAACCAGGAGUUAUAUACAGAAUUGUCUGCUUGCAAGGAGCGCAUAGAGAGGCAGGAGAGAGCCCUCAAUGGUCUUAUAGAAAUUCUUUCAAGGGUCUUUAGAACAAAUUCCCAGGACUUCGGGGCUCGGAUUAAACCCAAUGCUCAUAAUCUCCACGACGAAAUGGACCUUUUUCUUGGAGAGCUUUCAGGGCCUCUCAAAGAAGGGUAUGAGCCGCCUUCUCCUGAUGUGCAAGGGAAAGGCAUCCCUGAACUGUCCUUUAAGCCAGGAGAAAAUUUUCAAGUAGAUUCCGACUCUAAGAACGACAGGUAUGAUGCUUUCUUCUAG